AUGGUAAAACUUCAAGAUCUAGAAGUGCCCGAAGAUGUUUUUACCAAUUCGUUGAUCUGCGUACAUUUGAAGUAUAUGAAAUUAUUUGGUUACAUUGUAUCCCAAAAACAGCAAAAUAAAAUAUUAAGUUUACGUAAAGGCGCCAUUUUUAUUGCCUCAUUUGUUGUGUCCUGUUGUUUAAUUUUUAUGAAGAUUUCCAAAGGAUUUACCAGUUUGGCGGAAGGUGCCACAAGUUGUGCAACAGCUUUUUUAUAUUUAUCCACAUCAAUCGCCACGUCAAAUGCAUUCUUUCAAAGAACACGGGUAGUUCGCAUGGUUAAAUUUCUGCAUGAUGAUAUUACCGGACUCUUACGUAUUACCGAUCCGUUAGAAGAAAUAAUGUUGGCUAAAACCGUAAAAUAUUUACGUAUUAUAACGGUUUUAAUGUGGACCCCAUCUUUAAUUGCCGGCUUUAUAGCAUAUAUUGAUUGUUUUUAUCGUACGGCCUUUAUGCCCGAAACCGUAUUCAAUAUACCAGAGGUUCUCAAUGGCACAGCCCAGCCGAUAUUACUGUUUCAACUAUUUCCCUUUGGUGAGGUUUACGAUAAUUUCGUAGUGGGUUAUUUGGGGGCCUGUUAUGCUUUGUUUUUAGGCAUUACCGUUAUACCCUGUUGGCACACAUUUGUUACGUGUUUAAUGAAAUAUAUCGUUUUAAAAUAUGAUAUAAUACAUAAGAGAUUAAAGGAUUAUGAUCUGGCUAAACUAUCCUCCCAACGUGAUGCGGAUAGAUUGAAGACCCUAGAGGAAAGGGAAUUGCUAAAGUGGCAUGCAAAAAUGUGUGAAUUUUGUGUUAAAGAACAGAUCAAUUUAAGAUGGUUUACUAAUGAGUUACAAUCUUUGAUUAAGAUACCGGUGUUUUCGGAUUUUAUCAUAUUCUCGGUUUUAAUAUGUUUUCUAUUUUAUGCCAUAGCAGCGGGUAACCUUUCUAAAAUGGACUAUUUAUUUAUAGCCAUAUAUCUGUUUGUCAUGUCUUUUAUAUUGUGGUUGUAUCACUGGCAUGCCACUUUAAUAGCGGAAUGUAACGAUGAACUCAGCUUUGCCCUCUACUCUAGUCCCUGGUAUAAAUUUCCGGUAAAUGUUCAGAAAUCUAUACGUUUAAUGAUGAUGGAAUCUAAUACGCCUUUGAUAAUGAAGGCCAUUUUUGUGGAACUUAAUUUGAAAACUUUUAUAGACGUGGUCCGUGGUGCCUACAGUUAUUUCAGUAUAUUGAACAGUUUGGAUUAAAACAAGGGAGCAAUUCAACUUUAAAAUUUUGAAAUUACACAAGCCAACAAAUUUUUA